GUUUUCUACUAAGGAUGGCAACAAGGCUAUUCUCGGAGGCACGUGGGCGGCCGCUGGGCUAUUCUGGGUCCCGGCAAGAGCAGCUGCCAACUACGGAGGCAAGCGGCAGCGGGUUGCCUCGUGGGCAUCUUCCAGCGGAUCGGGUAUAGGAAGUUGGUGGUGAGCACAGCCAGUGGAAGACAAGACAUUUCUUCCUCAGGAGGGAGGAGCCAGGAGAAUGACUCAUCAAGGAGCUGUUCUGCAAGGCUAUAAUAACGAACUGGUGAAACACAUAGAAGCUUUGUGCAUACAAAGAGAAGAGCUGAACAAGCAAAUUGGGCAAGCAGAAGAGGAGAAGAAUCAGAUCCAGGAUGAAAUCAAGAUCCUGACGAAGCGUUUGGAGUGCACAUGCGAAAGCUUAGCAUGGAAAAAUGCUGCACAGAAGGAACUUGACAAAAUGCUUGCUGAAACCGAGCUGGCUUAUGAGAAGAUCUUGGAAAGUUCUAGGAUGCUGCUGAAUGUUUUGAAAACAGAAAUGGGGAAUUUAGAUAAAACAAUAGCACUAAAAAGUAAUGGGACUGGGGACAUGCAGAUGUUCGGGCUUUAACAAAGCUUACAUUAGACUUAGUGAAAAGUAAUAUGAGAAAUGUCACCCUUUCACCUUGUGAAGUGGGUUUAUUAACAUUUUUCCUAUGUAUCUGUGGUGCAUUUUUUAAAAAAAAAAUCGAGGAAGCAAUAAAGUAGCAAUGAAGUUAUUAAAAACUAGCUACAUAACCUAAAAUUAUUGUAGCUGGUGGUUUGGAUCCAGAUUUAAGCUCAUGCACCUGGGCUGCCAAAGGCAGGUUUUCCCACCCCACAUCAGCCCCUCCAACCUCCUGGAGAGGGUCAGGGGAGCUGUGGAGCUGAGCAAUCACUUAAAGCAUGUUUGGGGAACAUGUGGUGCUUCCAAAGUGGGUGGACUGCUAUUCCCAUUAGCCUCCCCAGCAAAGGCAAUGGUGCAGACUAAUGGGACUUGCAGUCCACAUCUGGCAUGCCACACAUUUCAGGUGAUAGACAAGAGACAGGCUCUGGUGCUAUUGAAAAGUAUAAAAUCUUUGAUACAAAAAGAACUAUUAAAGAUUUUAUACUUUUCAAUAGCACCAGAGCCUGUCUCUCGUCUAUCACCUGUCCAGUGGUGUUUUUCCCCUCUACCACACACCAUGCCACACUUUUCCCCAUCCCUGACUUAAACAUCUGGCAUGCCACACUUUUCCUCAUCCCUGACUUAAAGCAAGACUAAAUGAUAAAAAUCCUCAAUUAGUUAAUAGCAGUACUAGCAAGACGUGCUAUAUCUGUGUACUAUAGGCACAAUAUAAGGAUAUAUUAAAGUAUCUUCUACAAGG